AUGAUUGGGGAGGUGGAGGUGAAGUUUCCAGCUUUUGCCGAUGACAUUCUCCUCUACUUCUCCAACCCUAAAACAGCUAUCCCACAAGACCUUACUCUGUUCACAGACUUUGAAACGGUCUCGGGAUUUAAGAUCAGUUAUCUUAAGACGGAGCUUCGGGUUUUUGUGGAAAUUUUCUGGCCCUUGUCAUUGAUCCUUGUCCUGGUCUGGCUACGAAAUGCAAAUCCAUUAUACGGCCAACAUGAAUGCCAUUUUCCAAACAAGGCGCUGCCUUCAGCAGGGAUGUUACCAUGGUUACAAGGAAUUUUCUGUAAUACCAAUAACCCUUGUUUUAGGAGCCCUACACGUGGAGAGUUCCCUGGCGUGGUUUCAAACUACAACAAUUCCAUCCUUGCGAGGGCCUAUAAAGAUGCGCAAGAUAUCCUUUUGGAGAAGCCAGAAAUUCAGCACCUUGGCCGGAUGUGGAGAGAACUUUAUACAAUGUCUAAUUUCAUGGAUACACUUCGAACCAACCCUGGCAAAGUCUCAGGACAUGGCAUCCGAAUCAGAGACAUCUUAAAGGAUGAUGAAAUUCUGACACUCUUUUUGCUGAAAGACAUUGGACUGUCUGACUCUGUGGUGUAUCAACUCAUUAAUGCCCAAGUGCGCGUUGAACAGUUUGCAUUUGGGGUGCCGGACUUGUCCCUGAAGGACAUAGCGUGCAGUCAGUCUCUCCUUGAGAGAUUCAUCAUAUUCAGCAGUCGCAGAGGGAUGCACACAGUCCGCAACGCAAUGUGCAUCCUGUCCCAGCAAAGGUUACAGAGGAUAGAAGAUGUGUUGUACGCUAACAUUGAUUUCUUCAGAGUGUUUGAAAUUCUUCCAACUGUUGUAGAUAGCAGUUCCCAUGGCAUAGACCUUAGAUUCUGGGGGAGAGUUAUGUCCAAUCUGUCCGAGUCAGUGAGAGAGUUAUCACAGAAGCAAAGUAUGCAAGAUGUUCUAUGGGUGCUGCAGCCUAUUAUACAGGAGGGAGGACCCUCAACGUUUACCCAACUCAUGAGUUCUCUAUCCGACUUGUUUUGUGGUUAUCCAGAAGGGGGAGGUUCUAGAGUGUUUUCCUUCAACUGGUAUGAGGAUAAUAACUACAAAGCCUUCCUUGGAGUAAACUCAACCAAGAAAGAAUCCUAUUAUUUAUACGACAAGACAACCACACCAUUCUGUAAUGCACUGAUGCAGAGUAUGGAGUCCAACCCCGCAACUAAAAUUGCAUGGAGUGCAAUGAAACCUUUGCUGAUGGGCAAAAUCCUCUACUCUCCUGAUGCUCCUGCAGUCCGAGAGCUACUGAAGAGCGCAAACUCAACCUUUGAACAGUUAGAGCGCCUGAGACAAAUGGGGAAAGCCUGGGAAGAAGUGGGACCCCAGCUGUGGUACUUCUUGCAAAGCAGUGUUCAGAUGAACAUCAUCCGGGAUUCAAUUAAAAACCCAACCGUGAAGGAUUUUAUUGACAAACAACUUGGGGAUGAUGGAUUAACAGCUGACGACGUCAUCAAUUUUCUGUACAAUGGGAAUCCAGAUGAGCGACCAGUUGGAAAACCUAACUUUGACUGGAGAAAUGUUUUUAAUUUCACUGAUCAAUUUCUUCAUAUCUUUAACCAGUACAUGGAGUGCUUAGACUUGGAUAAAUUUGAAGGCCAUGACGAUGAAUCUCAUCUGACUCACCAUGCUCUCUAUCUGCUCGAAGAAAAUAAAUUCUGGGCUGGGCUUGUGUUCCUGGAUAUGUUUCCCUGGACCAAUCAUCUUCCACCUCAUGUCCAAUACAAAAUUCGCAUGGAUAUCGAUGUAGUGGAAAAAACAAACAAGAUUAAAGACAGAUACUGGGAUCCAGGACCAAGGGCUGACCCAAUAGAAGACUUCCGAUAUAUCUGGGGAGGUUUUGCUUACCUUCAGGACAUUAUUGAUCAUGGCAUUAUCAAGACUCAGACGAAAAAUGAUUUGCCGGCUGGACUGUAUUUGCAGCAGAUGCCAUAUCCCUGCUUCGUGGAUGAUGUGUUUAUGAUAACACUGAAUCGCUGCUUUCCCAUUUUCAUGGUGUUGUCUUGGAUAUACUCAGUAUCCAUGCUGGUGAAGGACAUUGUUCUAGAGAAGGAAUUGCGCCUGAAAGAGACUAUGAAGAACUUGGGUGUCACCAAUGAUGUAAUUUGGUUCACCUGGUUCAUUGAUAGUUUUAGUGUUAUGUCACUUAGUACCCUUCUCUUGACCAUCACCAUUGUGGGUGGCGGAGUACUUCACUACAGCAAUCCCAUAAUCCUCUUCUUGUUUCUGAUGGCUUUCACUCUGUCCACUAUCAUGCAGUCGUUCCUCAUGAGCGUCUUCUUCUCUAAAGCCAACUUGGCAGCUGCCUGCAGCGGAGUCAUUUAUUUCACACUCUACUUGCCGCACAUCCUGUGCUUUGCUUGGCAGGACCGUAUGACUUUCAAAUUGAAAACUAUAGCAAGCUUCCUGUCCCCAGUGGCAUUUGGAUUUGGAACAGAAUAUUUAUCUAGGUAUGAAGAACAAGGCCUUGGCCUACAGUUUGGCAACAUACGGAAAAGCCCAGUGGAGGGCGAUGAAUACAGUUUCUUCUUCUCCAUUACCAUGAUGCUCUUUGAUGCUUUUGUGUACUGGGUUCUUGCAUGGUAUAUAGACCAUGUGUUUCCAGGGGAAUACGGCAUCCCAAAACCAUGGUACUUUGCAUUCCUGCCAACAUAUUGGUGUACAUUUGCAAACCCCUGGGAAGGGGAUGCUGAUUCAGUAGAUACAGAGCUCUCGAUUCAUGAACAUGUGGAGGACAACCCAGGAUAUGGGCCAGAUAAAUCUCCUGAUUGCCCGCUUGUGGAUAUUAAAGAAGAGCCAGCAGAAAAAGUUGUCUGUGACAAUAAACGUAAGGACAAGGAUACUUGCAAACAUAAAGCUAAAAAAGAGAAGGAAAAAGAAGAGAAGCAAAAGAAGGAUGAAGAGGAAAAGGAGAGACAGGAUAAGGAUGAAAUACCGUAUGGAAAUCCAUUUUUUGAACCAGAACCACCAGGGAUGGUGCCAGGCGUGUAUAUUCAAGAUCUGGUAAAAAUUUACAAGAACACAUACAAGCCGGCCGUGGACAGGAUGAACAUUACAUUUUACGAAGGGCAGAUUACAGCUUUCUUAGGGCACAAUGGAGCUGGGAAAACAACAAUACUGUCUAUCAUAACUGGUUUAUUCCCGCCUACAUCCGGCACAGUGUGGAUCCGUGGCAGAGAUAUCCAGACUCAUAUGGAAUCCAUCCGGCAAAGUCUAGGCAUGUGUCCUCAACAUAAUGUUCUCUUUCGUCACUUAACAGUGGCGGAGCACAUCCUGUUUUAUGCUCAGCUGAAAGGUAAAUCAAAGUUGCAAGCUGAGAGAGAGAUGGAAGUGAUGCUGGAAGAUAUUGGAAUUCCUCAGAAGCGAAAUGAGGAGGCUCAAAACCUAUCAGGUGGCAUGCAAAGGAAAUUAUCUCUUGCAAUGGCAUUUGUUGGUGAUUCUAAAGUUGUGAUUUUGGAUGAGCCCACGUCAGGUGUAGACCCAUAUUCUAGAAGGUCUAUUUGGGAUCUGCUGUUGAAAUACCGGUCAGGUAGAACCAUUAUUCUUUCUACUCAUCACAUGGAUGAGGCUGAUCUCCUAGGGGAUAGAAUCGCAAUCAUUUCUCAAGGAAAGCUAUACUGCUGCGGGUCUCCCUUAUUCCUGAAGAACUGCUUUGGAACAGGCUUCUACCUGACUCUAGUCAGGAGGAUGAGAAGUGUGAAGGAAUCAGGGAAGAAAGAUUCUGCUUCCUGUCGUUCUGACUGUUCCUGCCCUUGUCCCAGCUGUACUCCUAAAGCCAAAGAAGAUCCCCUGGAGCAAGAAUUAGAUGGUGAUGUGGCUGGGCUGACUGAGCUAAUUCAUCACCAUGUUCCUGAAGCCAAACUAAUAGAAAGCAUUGGGCAAGAGCUAAUUUAUCUGCUGCCUGGUAAAGAUUUCAAGUACCGAGCUUAUGCCAGUCUGUUCAGAGAGCUGGAAGAGACGCUGGGCGACCUGGGGCUGAGCAGUUUUGGUAUCUCUGAUACGCCACUGGAAGAGAUCUUUUUAAAAGUUACAGCUGAUUCAGUGACCGGAACAGAAACUCCAGUCUCAGAUCAACAACCAGCAAUCAGGAAAGAGUCUCAGAGAGAUCCGGCUGAAAAUGUUCCACCAGACGCCUGCAAGGAGCAACCUGAAACUGAGGGGAAGGGAUCUCGGCAGAUAAAAGGCACUGAUCUUCUGCAGCAGCAGUUUAAAGCACUUAUCAUGAAACGCUUCCAGCAUGCUACUCGAAGUCACAAAGAUUUCCUGGCUCAGAUUGUGCUUCCUGCCAGCUUUGUUCUGCUGGCCUUAGUCUUUACUCUCAUUGUCCCUCCUUUUGGAGAAUACCCCAGCCUAACACUUCAUCCAUGGAUCUACGGACAACAGUUUAUGUUCUUCAGUAACGAGCAGCCUGGCAGUGAGCAGGUUGUGCCCAUUUCGGAUGCAUUCCUGAAUAGUCCAGGCUUUGGAACCCGGUGCAUGAAAGACCAGCCCUUGUCUAAAAAAUUCACUUGUACAAAUACAUCAAAUGAGUGGACCAUCCCUUCUGUGUCUCCAAGUGUAAUCAACAUACUGCUAUCUAAUGAGUGGACUCCUGAUAAUCCCUCCCCGUCAUGUAUAUGUAGUACAAAGAGUAAGCUGAUCAUGCUCCCAGAGUGCCCAGAGGGGGCUGGGGGACGCCCACCACCACAGAGGAUCCAACCAAGCUCUGAGAUUCUCCAGGACCUCACAGGACGAAAUAUUUCAGAUUAUCUCCUCAAAACCUACCCCAGUCUGAUAAGAAGCAGUAUGAAGACCAAGUACUGGGUCAACGAACAAAGAUAUGGUGGUAUUUCUGUUGGAGCAAAGCUCCCCAUUCUUGAGGUACAAGGAGAAGACAUUGCAGAAUUUUUCAGUCACCUGGGUCACAUAACCAAUGUGUCAGGAGGUUCCGUUACAAAGUCCAUAUCACAAGAACUUCAGACUUUUCUUAGAAACUUGGAAACUGAAAACAACAUCAAGGUUUGGUUUAAUAAUAAAGGCUGGCAUGCUAUGGCUAUCUUCAUCAACGUUGCCAACAAUGCUAUUCUCCGAGCCAACCUAGGGGAAGAAACAGACCCUGAAGAGUUUGGUAUAACUACAAUGAACCAUCCACUCAAUCUCACCAAAGAUCAGCUGUCUGAGGUCACAGUGCUGACUACAUCGGUGGAUGUUGUGGUUGCUAUUUGUGUUAUCUUUGCCAUGUCUUUCAUACCAGCAAGUUUUGUGCUGUAUUUGAUCCAAGAGAGGGUAUCUAACGCCAAGCACCUUCAGUUUGUCAGUGGUGUCACACCAACCGUGUACUGGCUCACUAACUUCUCUUGGGACAUAGCAAACUAUGCUGUAAGUGUGGCUAUGGUGGUGAUAAUAUUCAUAGUGUUUGAAAAAAAAGCAUAUACGUCCUCGUCAAACCUACCAGCACUCAUAGCCCUACUCUUUUUCUAUGGAUGGGCUGUAAUUCCUAUGAUGUAUCCCGCAUCAUAUCUUUUCAAUGUGCCAAGCACAGCCUAUGUUGCUUUAUCAUGUAUGAAUCUGUUUAUUGGCAUAAACAGCAGCGCUAUUACUUUCAUCCUGGAUCUCUUUGAAAACAACAGGACUCUGUUAAGAUUCAAUGAGAGGCUGAAGGAUCUGCUUUUAAUCUUCCCACAUUUCUGCCUGGGCCGGGGACUCAUUGAUUUGGCGAUGAAUCAAGCAGUGACCGACGUGUACGCUCGUUUUGGUGAGGAGCAUGUCACAAACCCUUUCCAGUGGGACUUCCUGGGGAGAAAUAUAUUUGCUAUGGCAGUUGAAGGAGUUGUCUACUUUGGUUUUAAUCUACUUAUUCAAAACCGUUUCUUUCUCAGCACACGGUUUUCAGAGCCUCCUAAAGGGCAGAUUACAGGUGAGGAUGAAGAUGUUGCACAGGAAAGACAGAGGAUCAUGAAAGGAGGAGGGAAGAGUGAUAUAUUAAGACUAAUGGAAUUAUCAAAGACCUAUGCGGGUAAACAGACCCCUUCUGUGGACAAGCUCUGCAUUGGUGUCCGGCCUGGAGAGUGCUUUGGUCUGCUGGGCGUGAACGGAGCUGGGAAGACGACCACUUUCAAGAUGCUGACUGGAGAUAUUGAGGUGACAUCAGGAGAUGCAAGUGUGGCUGGAUAUAGCAUCCUAUCUGAGAUUGCCGAUGUGCACCAGAACAUGGGCUAUUGUCCUCAGUUUGAUGCCAUUGAUGAGCUACUGACCGGCCGUGAACACCUGCAGUUAUAUGGACGUUUGAGGGGAGUUCCUGAGGAUGAAGUUGAUAAGGUUGCAGAUUGGGGAAUUGAAAAAUUGGGCCUUAAACAAUAUGCAGAGCAGCCAGCUGGUACUUACAGUGGAGGAAACAAACGCAAGCUGUCCACUGCAAUUGCUCUGAUAGGAUGUCCUUCUGUGGUGCUUUUGGAUGAGCCAACUACAGGAAUGGAUCCUCAGUCACGUCGCUUCCUUUGGAAUUCUAUUGUCAGUAUAAUCAAAGAAGGUCGAGCUGUUGUGCUGACGUCUCACAGUAUGGAAGAAUGUGAAGCUCUCUGCACUCGUCUCGCCAUAAUGGUCAAAGGAACCUUUAAAUGUCUCGGCACCAUUCAGCAUCUAAAAUUUAAAUUUGGAGAUGGUUAUAUUGUAACCCUGAAAGUGAGAGCGCAGAAGCCUGGUUUAGCUCCGGACCCGGGCCCUGUAGAGAAGUUUAUACAGACAAACUUUCCUGGUAGCUUGGAGCGAGAGAAACACUACAAUAUGUUACAGUACCAGAUCUCUUCCAGCUCCCUGGCCAGGAUAUUUCAGUUACUCAUCUCCAACAAAGAAAUCCUCAACAUUGAAGAGUACUCUGUGUCCCAAACCACAUUAGACCAGGUGUUUGUGAACUUUGCUAAGCAACAAACAGAAGAUGAGGACAUCCGUCUACAUCCUCGUGCUGCUGGAGCCACACGGGAAGUCAAAGUUGCACCUGCCCCAUUACCAACAUCAUAAUAUGAGAAAGCUAAUCCUGCCCUAUGUAUCUGGGUAAUAUAGCAGAACAUGACGGUGGGUUUUGGAAAUGUUGAUGAAGAUUGCAGCUACAAGACUCAAGAAAGUUGUGCAACCACUCUCAAAACUAGUUGAGACCUUGUAACAGUUUAAGAACAGCAUUUUAGAGAAGUGUUCCCAACAUGACAAGUGUACGUAUAUGCACCUGACAUAUGUAUUCCAGUUUGACGUCAUUUCUGCCACUACGCCCUCUUGUGUCAGACAGUAUGUAAGGUGCUGUUGCCUGGCGGUGUACAGGGUUCAUGUGUAGCUUGUGAUAGUCAUGUUCCAGUUAUGGCUCCUAAGAGAGAAGCCAUCUUAAUCUUUUGUAGUACAUACUGUCUAUUGUACUCAUCCUGUCCCCCUGACUGAGCGUGCUAAUAUAACUGGCCAUAGAUGUUUCUGUCGCACUAUUCUUUGUAAAACCAUGUACCAGAGUUUAAUACACUAUGUACUGUAGUCAGUACAGACGUAAUUACCCUUGUAGCUCACUCUACAGCUUUCCAUAGCAGUACCACAGGGCAGCUAUUGUAAUUUAGGAUUAAAAUAAAUGAAUAUGUACCGUCUGUAUACACUGUAUGCUGCACCUUCUCUUUUACUGCGUUCUAGGGAAGGCGACAACCAAAACUGCUUUCUACAAGGAACAAUUCCCCGGAUAAUAUUCCAACCUCUAUCAGGACUAGUUAUUUCCAAAUGCUGUCUCUAUUAACUACUGUAAUUACCGGUGGAAAGGACAAUGUUCAUCGCCUGCAUAAUGUAAUGAAUGACCUUGUCAUCAUGUAAUGAUUAUAGAUUUGCUUUGUUUUUAUGCUUAAUAAAUAAAGUUUAGUGAAUUGAA